AGCCAUCAGGUUCUAUUGCCCCGGACGACCAGCUGAAUAGAAAAAGGACAAUAACACACAACACACCAAUACCCCAUUCAUUCACAUUGUCAUCAUUGAGCAAAGCUCUAUUGUCAAUCGAGCCCCGCCACUCAAUUUUCCAGUGCCUUCCCAUAAAGCGGGUCUGGACGAUCGAUAGAGUUGCGAAGGGCAGAGUCCUCUAUUUUCUCACACACUCCUGUUGCAAGCCUAGACAUCGAACGUGAUGGUCACAGGAACUAUCAAUGGCGGGCUUCCUCCGUCGCCACAGCAAUCGACGCACAGUGAGCAGUUCACUCAAAGUCAGCUAGGACCUUGUGCAAUCCUUCAGCAGCAUACAUAUGGCCACAAUGAACAUUUUGGCAACCAGGUGAUGCACCCUGAAAUACCUGCACAUGGUAUGAUGUUUCAUCCAGACGGUACAGCUGCGUUCGAUGGAUACGAUUCUUUUAACGGCUACCAUGUGUCGAACAACUGUUCACAGAUGUUGACAAUGCACGAUCCAGCUUUUGUGCGGCCAGUCCAGAUGACCACACCUCCUCCAGCUGCCGAUGAAGGCAUUAUGGCAAGGAGCGAAAGGUCAACCGCGUCUCUUGGAUCCCCUCUUCCUAUUAGGAAGACUGUAAGCGACAAACCAAGAGUCAUCAGGCCACCUAGGACAAGACGUCGACCUAAGCAGGAAAAGCCAGACAAAAGCUCUAGCCCAGUCAUAUCUGCCCCGUUGAGCCAGCUAACAGCGCAUCUCACACACAUUCCAGUCAAAGACAUGGAGGCCUGGGUGAACCGACCUGCCGAUGUGCGUCACAAGGAGGCCCAGAAAGCUGGGAGGAUCGGGAGACCAAUGAACUCCUUCAUGCUCUACCGCUCUGCAUACGCAGACAGGACCAAAGAGUGGUGUUCGCAGAACAACCAUCAAGUGGUUUCCAGAGUAUCUGGUCAAAGCUGGCCUCUAGAGCCGCCAGAGGUCAGAGAGAAGUUCGAGCUUUUCGCAGUGCUGGAGAGGGACAACCAUCAGAAGGCUCAUCCAGGGUACAAAUUCACACCGAACAAGAACCAGACGCCGCCCAAGAAGAAGCGUUUUCUAGAGGAGAGAGAGCCUAGCGAUCUUGGUGAUCCAGAUUAUGAUCUUCACUCGAUGCAAGGACGGAAGCGGGCAAGGAGUGGUGAUUGCGACAGCAGCUACAGCCGCGGUUCGACUCCGUAUGAUAGAGACUCACUUCGGCCCACUGGCUCCAACCGGUCUUCGUGGCAGAUGAAUAACCCCGGUCGACCUAUUGCCGGCAUCCUUUCACCUCCGGAGCACAUGCACUACCUGCAGCCGUCCGUUCACCCAAGCAUGAUGGGUCCUAACGUUGAAGACGUUCGAUUCCGCAAGAUGGGACUUCCAGGGUUCCAGUACAGCCCAUCGACCAUGCUCUCGGGUCUUCCGGGAGCUGUGCAUCAUGAGCUACUCCAGCCGCCCUCCAACGUCACGACGCCUGGCCAGUCCGAUGACAGUCAGCUGGAUCCUCAGUUGCUAGCCUUCGACAACGGCAUCAGGGGAACAGAGGGUGGCAAUGGAGCCUACAACUGCUCGCAGUAUACUCUCUGGCAGGCCGAUAGUGGCGCCAAUGGUUAUUUCCCUCUCAGUACGGGAGUGACCUCGAAUCCACAGCAGCAAUACACUGUCGACGCCCCUUACCACCCAUCUGUGCAGGCCCUCCCAGAUGGACACGAAAUCUGGGACCUUAGUCACGGCUCCAACAUCGGUGAAGUCGGCAAGGACUUUGACCAGUGGAUCGAUACCUAAUCUGGUGUGAUGCAUCUUUCGUUAUGAGUCUUUUGUGACUGACGAAUGUCAUGAUCUGUAUGUCCUCAUUCGAACUUCGGGAUUCCGGUGGCAUGUUGGGAAAUGCAAAGUCAGGUGGGGGGAUUCUGGAGUUUGAGAGA